AUGGCUUCUAGAAAGGCGGUAACGAAUGUGCUUCGUGGGAUUGAGAGAAGAACGAGAGUAACGCCAAUGCAAAAGGCAUCCCGCCACCAUCCUCACCGCAUAUCGUCUUCGACAUUCUCUACAAGCAGCCUGGCUGCCGCUCGCGGCACAGAGUACCUCCAACUCCACGAUCCAGACCUCACAGAAUCACAGCGGACGGUGCGUGAAGCCAUCAGCAAAGUAUGUGCGAAAUUCGGCGAUGAAUACUGGCUCGCCGCGGACCGCGAGCACCGUUUCCCCACAGAGUUCCAACAGGCCAUCGCCAAGGACGGCUGGCUGGGCAUCUGCAUGCCCUCGGAGUACGGGGGCAGCGAUCUGGGAAUCGCCGAAGCGGCCGUAAUGGUGCAGACGAUCGCGGAAUCCGGGGCGGCGUACGCGGGCGCGAGUGCCGUGCACAUGAACAUCUUUGGGUUGGAGCCCGUGAGGAAGUUUGGCACGGAGGAACAGAAGAAGAGGAUGUUGGUGCCGUUGAUUGAAGGGCGGGAGAGGGCGUGUUUCGGCGUCACGGAACCGAAUACCGGGUUGGACACCUUGAGGUUACAGUCACGAGCUGUCCGGGACGGUGACGCCGGUGACUUCUACCGGCUGAGCGGGCAGAAGAUAUGGAUCUCCACCGCGCAGGUGGCGGAGAAGAUCCUCAUCCUGGUGAGGACGACGCCGCUGGACGAGGUCAAAAAGCCCAGCCAGGGCUUGAGCUUGUUCUACACGGAUCUUGACCGGAAACAGGUCGAGGUGCGGGAGAUCCCCAAAAUGGGCAGGGCAGCGGUGGAUUCCAACAGCCUGUUCUUCGACGGCUGGAAAGUGCCGAAGGAGGAUUUGAUCGGAGAGGAGGGGAACGGGUUCAAGAUGAUUAUGCACGGCAUGAAUGCUGAGAGAAUACUGAUUGCAGCUGAGGCAUUGGGGACAGGGUUUGCUGCGUUGCGAAGAGCCGCGUUGUAUGCUGGCGAGCGGGUAGUGUUUGGUCGGCCUAUUGGGAAGAACCAGGCUAUCCAACAUCCCCUGGCAGAGAGCUGGAUGGAGCUCGAAGCCGCCAGACUGAUGAUCUACCAGGCCGCAAGGAUGUAUGACGCCGGGUACGAGACGGGAGAGUACGCAAAUGCGGCCAAAUACUUGGCUGCUGAGGCCGCUUUCCGGGCCUGUGAGAGAGCCGUGAUGACGCAUGGUGGAAUGGGGUACGCAAAGGAGUAUCAUGUCGAGAGGUACCUGAGGGAGAUUAUGAUUCCCAGACUGGCGCCGGUCAGUCGAGAGAUGAUCAAGAACUACAUCGGAGAAAGGGUGCUUGGCCUGCCCAAGUCGUACUGA